AUGAGCGGGCGGAGAGCGCCUGUGCGCUACGACGACGUCGACGAACAGGGCGGAUACGACGCGUCAAGGCCAUCUACCUACGAUUACGACCGUAGUCGGGGUCCGCGCGACGACCGCGCACCGCCGAGCUCGACGCGGGGCCGCGACCAUGACGAACGGACGCGUGAGGGCCACGAUGGCUACCGCGGCGGCCGGGGAUGGGGCGAUGACCGCCGUCGCAGUGACUGGGACGACCGCCGCCGCAGUAACUGGGGCGACCGCCGCCACAGUGACCGUGAUGACCGACGCCGUGGUGAUUGGGACGAUCGCCGUAGAGGCGACUGGGACGACCGCCGUCGCAGCGACUGGCGCGAGCGCAGCCCCGGCAGAGACCGAUACCACAAAGACGACCGCCGCGACCGUCAGCCGGAUGAUCGCAAUGAUACCCGUGAUGCACGCUCGCGCUGGGAUAGGCGCGACGACCGCCGCGACCCUGCCCCUGAACCCCGCACGGAGCGCGAGAAGGAUGCGCCAAAAGGGCCCGACCCCGACGCAGCUCCCGAAGAGCUCGAUGCCGACCAGAUUGCAGCCAUGAUGGGCUUUGGCAACUUUGGCACAAGCAAGGGAAAACACGUCGAAGAUAAUGCCGAGGGCUUUGCCGAAGUGCGCAAGGAACGCAGCUGGCGCCAGUACAUGAACCGCAAGGGUGGCUUCAAUCGGCCGUUGGAUAAAGUCUAA